UGGUCUGUCCACUUUCCCCUCCCCAAACCCACCUCAAUCCCAUCCAAAUCACACACGCUGCUCCUCCUUCCCCAAUCACUCCGUAUAUAUACGAGACACACACACUCCAAUCCGACCCAAUUCCGCCCCCCAACCCAAAAAAUCCCCUACUCUCAAUCUCACCAUCGCACAGCCGGAGCCGGCCCUACGGGCAGCCAAGAACUCGGCGGAGCAGAGCGAGGCAGCCAAGAAAGCUGGGGAAGAGGGUCCUUCUUGGGAGCAGGAAGAGGAGGCCGAGGAGAAAGGGGGAUCUGGAGGCGGCGCCCCGAUGGCGGUGACGGGGACCUCGGCGGCGGCGGCGGCCACGAUGCUGGCGGCGGCGGCGGCCAUCUUCAUCACAUUCGUCCUCUGCUUCUACCUCUUCCUCUGCGCCAAGCGCUACCGCGGCGCCGCCCCGACGAUCGGGGCCGCCGGCGCCGGCGCGGGCAGGGGCCGCGCGCGGUUCGUCUUCGCGGGCGCGGGCUGCCACGGCGGCGGCGGCGGCAUGGACGAGGCCGCCAUCGCCGCGCUGCCGCGGAGGGAGGUGGCCGCGGGGGACCCGCCCGCGGACUGCGCCGUCUGCAUCGCGGAGGUGGCCGCCGGGGAGGCCGCCCGCGUGCUGCCCCGGUGCGGCCACGCGUUCCACGUCGAGUGCGUCGACAUGUGGCUGCGCUCCCACUCCACCUGCCCGCUCUGCCGCUGCGCGGUCGUCGACGAGGAGGCGGUGCGGGCGCCCGAGGCCGACCCGGAGUCGCCCAACUUCCCCACCAACGUCCUCUUCGUCGGCUCCCAGGACGCCGUCAGCACCCGAGGCGCCGUCGCGGCGCCGGCGGAGCCUCCCCAGGCGGCGCGCCAGCCGCCGGCGGUGCCGCCGCAGCUGAUUCCAGGGCCCAUAGCCGGAGUCGCGGCCGUCGUGGAGGCGGCAAGGGUAGCCGCCCUACGCCGGCUGCUGGGCUGCGGCGGCGCGACGCCGUCUCCACCAACGCCACCGCAGCAGCAGCAGCAGCAAGACCGCGACUUGGAGGCCGGUGGGCUCGGCUGCGGCGAGAGCAGCGGGUCCCCGCCGCCGGCGAAGCCGCAGUAAGCUUCUCGUUUGAUGCUUGCUCGUCGCGUCCCUCAUGUUCCUCGGCUUCUCGGGCCAUUUGAGGCACCAGAAGAAGGAAGCAAGUGUCCAGAGGAUCUGUUGAUCUGUAAUCAACAGCUACAUAUAGUGCUAGAAAUCUACAAGCAAAAUUCAUGGAUGCAUUUCGGUGCCAUGCCACCCCCACUAAGGUGGGGGAUCUCUUCCACAUCUCUGUUUCUGUUCUACCAUGGCCUCAAGGUAAAAAAAAAUGAGAAACGCCGGUGCUCGGCCCUGGCAUUUCGCUGUCGAUUGGCCGCACUGUGUUUCCACAUGCGACGGCCUUGCGCCACGGAAAGGCGCGACCUUGACGCCCUCUGAUGAGAGCCAAGGUCUUAACAGAGCAGCUGCUGUUAACGACGAGACAAAUAUCUGAGUGCAGCAACACCAACACCAAGACACCCCAUGUUCUGCAGUGACUAGCUGCCGCUAUCCUCAUCACCUGACUGCAGACGAUGCCCGACGAGAGCAACCCGGUUUCAGAAGGUUCCGUUCGCCCCUCUGCUGCCGGCACAGCCAAUCAAAUGUCCCCUUAGUUAAGACCAGACGGACCCACUAUUCUGGAACGAGAGAAUUCUUUCUCUAGAGUCCCGAGAGAAUCCUUGUGAAAUUUCUGUAAAUUUAGUGCGUUCCGAAAAGAAGGUAAAGCUUCAAAGGCUGGUUUUGACGGCUCUGA